AUGAACCUAUCGUUCUCAGGCUGUGGGUUUCUUGGCAUAUACCACAUUGGGGUGGCAGCGGCGAUCAAAGAAUAUGCUCCUGAUUUGGUUACGGGUAAAAUUGCCGGUGCGUCUGCGGGUGCCUUGGCUGCCUGUUCGCUCGUCUGUGGAUGCUGCCUUGGUGAGGCGAUCAGCGGCGUGCUGAAGAUUACAAAAGAGGCGCGUUCGCGCUCGCUAGGACCUCUUCAUCCAUCGUUUGAUCUCGUGCGUUAUUUUCGAAGCGGCCUUAGAAACAUAUUGCCUGAGAAUGCACACCGUCUGGCCAGCGGAAGACUGUUCAUUUCACUCACCCGGUUUCAAGACGGGGAAAACGUGCGGGUAUCGGAGUUCAGUUCCAAAGAAGAGCUGAUCGAUGCUGUUGUUUGUAGUUCAUUUGUCCCGUUUUACAGUGGUGCCUUCCCGCCGGUAUUCCGAGGAACGAGUUACGUCGACGGCGGCUUGUCAGAUAACUUCCCAUUCUCAGGCGAAUCCGAUAUCUGUCCUCAGGACUUGGACUCGAUGUCACCAUUUUUAUUCUGCAUGAAGAACACUAGCAUCCGAUUUACGUGUCAGAACUUUUUUCGUCUCAGCGUUUCGCUGUUCCCGCCUAGUCUUGACGUCAUGAACGACAUGUGUAGGCAAGGAUUCGAAGACGGUCUACGAUACCUGUCGAAACACAACCUGAUAUCUUGUGCCCGGUGCAUUACGAUUCGUUCGACCGUCAUGUUGUCGUCAGAGGAAUCUGUGUUUGUCUUUUCUGACGACGGCAGUUCAACGAAGUUGUCCACGCAUAGGAUCGUUCCCAAGAGCAUAUCCACAGUGCACCGCAACAGUCACGUGAACUGGGAAGAGCACUGCGAGUGGUGCCGCGAGACGGCCAGCGAUGCCCCGUCUAAGGGUCUGCCCAACAUUAUCAAGGAAAGUACGGUAUUCCUUACUUGA